AUGAAAGAAAGAGUCGAACUGAACAAUAAUGGCAGAUCCAUCGAAUCGCAUUGCAAAUUGUUCCAGAAUGAUAAGUGGGAGCCCCGAUACAUCGCUUGCAAACUACAAAAUGAUUUGGAAGAUCAACUUCUAACCGUCUACAAGAAUCGUAAAGAUCGGCAGAAGAAUAAAGCGAAACAGUCGAUUCUUCUUCAAAACUACAUCGGGUUUGAGAAAAGUUUCCCUCUGAAGAAUAAAAAUCAAACGCUAACGGUUAUAACAAAAGAGUAUAACGUUGUGCUUGCUUUUCAUCUACCCGAAACUCUUUUACAAUGGGAAACAUGGUUCAAGAAUGUGGGUGGUCAAAGCACAACACAUUAUAUGCAACUAUUGCAAUUUCCUAAUCAAAAAGAUAAUCCGUCGUUUGUCAACAAAGAAGUCAGAUGUCAUCUCCACGAUUCUCGACUUGCAGUAGUGUAUGGAUAUCCAGCAGAAACAUUAUUAUAUUGUGAAGUGGCAGCUGCAAGUAUAUCUGCAGAUCAUAUGAACCACCGUGUAACAAUAACUCCGUACGAUGGAAGUAGUGAAUUCGUAUUUUGUUGUCCGUCGAUUGAGCAGUUUUCAAAAUUUUUGAGAAAAGCUAACGAAGAUGAUGGUUCACUCAACUUCUAUCUAAACAAGAAGAGUGCUGAAGGUAUAUGGUUACAAAACAUUGGGAAUCGGACACGGAAGCAUCAAGAUUCGAUAUCGGGUCUGUCCGGAACCUUCAGUGGUUGGUUUAAUCUUAUGAGUCCUGCGACACCAUCAAUCAAGCAAAGCGAUAUUUUUUCGUCUAGCGCGGCAAUCAACACCGUCGGUCUGAAGAAUUCCGGAAUGAAGACGCCAGUGGGAAGUUUAAAAUUCCUCAACGGGUUAUUGCCUGAAGUGACACCCACUCCACCGCCAGCGGAGACAGAAAACACUGAAACAGCACCCGAGGUCAACCCUUCAGAACCAAUCACAUCAAAUUCAGAAUCCCCAGUGCUUGCAGAAACCGACAACGCUCCUUAUUUAGGAAUCCACGCAAAACAACGUAGUACAAGUUUACCAGACUAUGUCAACGUAUCCCAUGUCAUACGACCUACACCUCCAUUACCUGAAGAAGAAACGGAAAUAAGCCAACAUGAAGUCAUUCAACGCAAGGCUUCAACAAUGACCACACCUGCAAAUGACUCACCGAGAAUUUCAAAUUGUGGAGAACAUAAAGAUUUCUUAACAAAUCGAAUUCCUUCAAAAGGAAGAUCGAUGAUGGACUUCUCUACAUUACCGUAUGAAGAAACCGGAAGUCGUUUUGAAAGUUGGCGUAGGGCAAAGAAAUUCAUCUCAGCAUUCAGCCAGAAAUCACAACAAGAUCUCUAUAAAAGCGUUCCAAAGCUUGGAAAUAGAAAAGCGUCGAGCACAAGUGCACUCCAAUAUCAUCCAACUGAAAUGAGUAGAUCUUUAAAUUUUCAAAAGUCAAGUCCACUCAAUCAAAGUCUCCAAAAAAUCCAAUCAAAAACCAGUUUGGUGUCGAAUUCAUCAAGCAGUGAACUUGAUGUAGUACCUCCACCAGCUCUAAACGUUGCUAUAUCCAAUCCGCCGCCUCCAUUAUUGCCAAAGAAGAAUAAGGUUCAAGAAACUGAAGUGAUACCUGCGGGGUUAGUUCGUCUCCGUGAAGAAGGUUCAUUGAAAAUGCGAGGUGGAGUGAAUAUUGCACUUGCUAGAAGACUAAACGCUGGGAUCAAUGGAUCUUUUACGAAAUAUGAUGGAGAUCGUGGCACUACUCAUAUGUACCCCAUAACUCCUGAAGAAAAAGAACGGAAAAUUGAAGAAUUCAUAGAAGAACGGAGACGUACUGCAGCAUUGAGAAGAGCAGAAACUCCAGAUUUAUCUGAUGAUCCUCUGGCAAUGGUUGUUUCAAAAGAAAGAGAGAAGAUCCGAGCAAUGGAAAGAAGAGCGUCAUCAGUUUCAUUUAACAAAGCUAAUUCAGUACAAGUUUCUCAUCUCAACGAUAUUCAGAAGAAAGCGUUGGCGUCAGUGAAGAUUAUAACUCGAAAUCGGUCACAUUCUGAUAGUUUGUCAUCAUCCUCGGAAUCAUUAUCAUCAGAUGCUCGCUCAAAGAUUUCUAUCAAGAAACGUAGCAACUCCCCUCCAACAAUAUUGGCUCCAACCAUUAUUCACAAAGCACCAAGCCAGCGAACGUUGACUCUCCAAAAACAAUCGUCGUCGUCAAUUGAUUCACUUAACUCACAAAAGACAACACCAACAACAUCUACUGUCCGACUGCCGACUCGUAUCACUGUGAACCAGUCCUCAAGUAGCGAAGAGAGUUCCGGAAAAUCACAGCACUAUUUUGAGAGCAACAUUGGUCCCAAAACGAGCGACUGCACGACGAGGACGUCGACAACUACACCAUCACACCAGACUCUAGGCAGACAGGAUUCACGACGAAUGUCCGAGGGUCAAGGAAGUAAUUCCUCAGAUGCGAUGGCCCAAGCGCGGAAAGGGUAUUUUCGUAAAAAUAAUAAGAUACGGCGAAGCAAUAGACAUUUGGACGACUCGUCGACGUCGCCGUAG